AUGCACGGUCUGACUAUCGUUAAAUCGCUUCUUGUGCGAGUGCUGCUAAUCACACAUGGACUUGUGUGCGCAUGGCGUGUCGUUGAUACCAACGAUAAUCAAUACUGUUGGGUCAUUCUUGUUGGUUUAGGUUUUCUUUUGGUCGAAACGGGUGUCGUGGUUUGGCUGCGAAAUGGACGAGAAUUUCGAACUGUCGCCUUUUGUAUCAUAUUCUAUUUGACAUGUACAGCGCCAUCAUUCUGGAUUAUUCAUGCGAAUACUGCUAACCGGAAGCUGUACCGUUUAGCGGAGAAUAAACUCAAUUCAAGAUCAGCGCUUCCCUCGCAUCAUCACCACCAACAUCGACAUCACUCAUCAAACGAAACGGUAUUUCUACAUGAUUCUCAAAAUUUUCAGCAUGUAUUACCAGCAACUACACCACUUAUCCUUUCCGUUAGACAAAUUGACUGUCAUGAUAAAGCUUGGUACUAUACGGAAGAACAACAAUGGCUUGAUGUUAUUCAAGAAACAGCGCUCAUCGUUUUGUCUGUCAGUCGUUUACUGAUAAGUCGUGAACAUUUGACUAUUGAAAAGAGUGGCAUUGUUUUAAUUGUCAGUCUGAUUAAUAGCGCUGAUCUUUUAUCAAUUUCGCAUUCACUUCAAUAUCAUGAUGUUAUCAUUGAACGAUUUUGGAUGUACAUUGGUCUGGUUCUUCUAACGAUCGGUUUGUUUCAAAUGGCCUUUAUUGACACAGAUGGUUUAGUACCGAUAUCGAAUACAAAGUCUUCAACCUAUCGUUCGAGACCUUUCAGAAGACAAAUCACUCUUAUUCAUGAUGAGAACUUAUGUCCACUUUUCCGAUCAUUGUUUCUCCACGACGGUCUUCUACUACUGUAUCGUUCGUUUUUAGCAGCUAAAGUUCGUUGCAGUAAACCAUCGAUUAUAUUUUUCAUGCUUAAAAACGUUCUCAUGAUUACAUUUCAAUGCUAUCGUGUCUACAACAUCGCCCGAGUUCAUGAAAGGAAACGAGUUUUUGCCGCGUAUGAACAUCUUAUCAAUACCCCCAUGUCGUCACGAAACGAUCGACAGCUAUUGGAGAAAUAUGACCGGCAACGAAACAUCAAGCAAGAACAAAAACUACUACAUCGAACGAUACGUCGAUCAUCAUCGAUUUUACACCGACGAGCAGUGAAAACGCCGCGAACACUCUAUAAUUACACACCUCAAUCGAUUUCAUAUCCCUUUGCACGACGUCGAAACGAUGGUGGUCGAGCACGGACUGCAUUUGCGCUGUACGGUUUGCCGUUUCGUACACCUCAGUUUCCUCGGCCGACUACGAUUUCUUCUAGUUCCAGUCUUCUUGCUAAAGCUUUUGUACAUUAA